AUGAACAUUGUUACUUCGAAAUUUAUUUAUAUCUUUGCUAUUCUCUUAUCAUUUAGUCUUUAUAUUGAAUAUACAAGCGCUGGGAGUAUCUUUGGUGAUGAUACAACUAACACAACUCCGAAGAUGACAACAACAACACCAAAAAGACCUAUGUCUGGUGCUACUACGGAGAAGGCAUAUUACACUGUAAUCGGUUCUGUCCUGAUUGCAAUUGCAGUAUGCCGGUAUUCAAUCUAA